AUGAAAAAUUUACCUGACAGAGAAAAAGCAUUGAUAGAAGAGACUUGUAUAAAAAUACAAAGUCAAAUAAAAAGAAUAAUUAAGAGUAGGGAAGUUAAAAAUUACUCACUCAAACAAGUAGGUAUCAAGAAUCAAGAUUAGAUCGUAAAUUGAUUGAAGUAUUUAAUAUAAUAAGAAUAGAUGUUGAUGAUUAAAAUAAUAGAUAUAUUAAUUUUUAAUAAUUAGGAAGAUUAUUUAUAUAAUUAGACAUAUUUUAAACUAUUUCAAACAAAUAAGAUUAUCAAUUAGAGGCUCAAAGUCUCAAUAAUCCGAUGCAAAACUAACUCGUAAUCAUUAAGGUCGACAAUAAGAAGAAGAUUUAAAUGAGAAAUCAUUUGCAAUCAUUUAAAAUAUAGAAGAAAAAGCAGAUACACGGGCAACAUUUUGCUUAUUUAGAGUAAUUUUGGAUCCAAUUUUAUUGCAACUAUCUAAAUGUGCUAUAUUAAUAAAAGAAUAUUUAGAAGAAAAAUUUUAAGAAAAAGAAAUUGAUUAUGAAUCAAUGUUAAUUGCAAUCUACGAAAAAAGUCUAACUUUCAAACCAUCAAUAAAUCCAAUAAGUGAACAUUAUAAUAAUAAUCAGAUAAAAAGAAAAUUAAGAAUAAUCUUCAUCAUAAUAUUCAGCAUUAGAGAAAAUGAAUUAUAUAGAAAGAAGGAACUAACUAAUUAUAAAAUAGAAAAUCUUAAUUAAGAAAAAAUUAUGAAAGAUAUCUAAGAGUGUACAUUUAAACUUAAAUAAUAUCAAAAAAAGAAUUUCCAAAUGUAGUUGAUAGAUUAUAUAAAGUAAAGAAUAGAUAAGGAAUAGAGGAAAGAGCAAAAUGAACAGAAUUAGAGAAAAAAGAGUAAGAAUAUAGUAAAUGUUCAUUUCAUCCUUAAAUUAAUUAUUUAAUACCUGAAACUUAAUCUAUUAGAAUAGGAGGAUAUUGGGAAGCAAUAAAAAGAAUUAGAAGAGCAAAUGAUAGAAGGAAUUUAAUUGAUUUAAAAUUGAA